AUGUUGUUCAACCUGGAUUUUGAAGCGAGAGUCCCCGUCCCCUUCAGCAUCUUCCCCUCGUCGUACCGCGACGACGACAAGAAGGAGUCGGGCAAGACCAGCACCAGCACCACUACCCACGAGGAGCUCAGCCUCCACCUCCCCCACCACAAGCCCGGGCGGGAAGGUAGUCAGGUCUCUUCUUCUUACUCCGCCGCCGCGGCCGACCUUCCUCCCCGCAGGGAGCACACCCGCUACAGCGAGGAAGAGGUCUUCGUCACCCGUGAAGAGGACCGUUACCGCCGUCCCGGUGUCCACCGUGAAGAGUACUACCGCGAAGAGCUCAAGGAGCAGCAGCCCAGGCCUCCCCGUUCUGCCUACUCUGAGAGACCCUCGCGUUCCUCCUACUCAGACACCCGCAUUGAGAUCGAUACUCACCGGCACCACCACCAUCACCACCGGCCCGAGUCUCGCCCGGCCAUCCCUUACUCCCCCAUCGACAACAUCGAGCGUGGGUACCGUGCUCGCUCCCAGCCUGGUUACCGCGAGGACGUUCGUGUAACCGAGACCACCGUCGAGACCCCUCGCCACCGUCCCGUCACCAAGGAGACUGUCCGCCACGACGAGCACAUCAUCGAGGCUCCCAAGAUCCGCCCUGCUGUCAACCAGACUGUCCGCGUAGACGAGACAGUCGAGAUCAGCCUCCCACCCCGCCACAAGCAUCACCACAAAGCCAAGAUGGGUUACUUCGACGAGGAUGGCCACUAUCACUCUUUCCGUGCCGGCCUCCACAAGGUGGCUGAUCGUAUCAUUCACCCUCAAGGUCGCGAGACCAUUGAGGUGACUGAGAUCCGGGAAAGCCGUCCGUCUCGCCGUGUCAGCCAGGCCGCUUACGGAGAUGAAGCCCCAAAUUCAGUUACCAUCCCAUGCCACCACAUCCGGAUCGGCGACAUCCUGAUUCUUCAGGGACGCAUCUCCCAGGUCAUCCGCAUCUCCACCUCCUCCGCCACCGGCCAGCACCGCUACCUCGGAGUCGACCUCUUCACCAAGCAGCUCCACGAGGAGUCCUCGUCCAUUCACAACCCCGCUCCCAGCGUUGUUGUCCAGACCAUGCGGGGGCCCAUCCUGAAGCAAUACCGUGUCCUUGACCUCCAGGACGGAAGUGUCGUGGCCAUGACCGAGACCGGUGAUGUGAAGCAGUCCCUGCCGGUGCUUGACCAGUCCAACCUCUGGGACCGCCUCCAGCAGGCCUUCGAUUCCGGCCGGGGAUCUGUCCGUGUGCUGGUGGUCAACGACGGUGGCCGUGAGAUGGUUGUCGACACCAAGACACUGCACGGCUCCUCUCUGUAA